AUGACAGAUCCACUUACAUGGACUACAUCUGGGGAUUAUGCACGUGGAUGUUCCGCUACUGGCGCCUGCGCUUAUGCCACAGACUGUGUGGAAAAUAGCAUUACUUAUGAUGACGGGGUAACAUCUUCCUGUCAGAACCAUAUGCAACACCGUCCGCUAGCAAUCUCUUCUGCGCAGAAGCCUGGGCCGCUUACACGAAUCUUCAAGUUCCUCGUCCACAUCAGCGAUCUCGCGCACAACAACUUCGCCUACUGCAACGGCGACGGCCCCAUCCACUGA